AUGCAACUUUGGUCUCACGAGGCGACCCAGGACGCCCUGCGGCAGGACGCCCAGAACCAAAACGACGAGGCCCAGUCUCUCCGCGAGAUACUCAGGAGCAAGCAGAGGACAGGUGGCGAGCCCGGCGAGGCGUCGCCGCCAGCAAUCCCCGUCGUUCUGUGCGGAAAGACGGAGCAGAUCGGCCGCGGCAUCAUCGCGGGCCUGAAGCCGGAAUACGAAGUCAUCCACUUCGUCACGACGCCAGCCUCGGGCGCCGUCAUCAUCCCCGCGCUCCUCGCCUCGGACGCCCCGCCGCCGCACGCGGAGACCAGCACGAUCGGCAGCGGCAACUACGCCGCUGCGCCGUGCGCCGUGAUACUCGGAGGCGCGUUCGACGACGCCGCGGUCGCGGUCCUACGGGAGGCCGUUGCCGAUGCGCAAGAGGGGGGUUCUGCCGGUAUGAAGAGGGUCCCCUGGCUGAGGCAGGACCCGGAUAAGCCGGCGCCGCCGCUGGGGCCCGAGUACGGGAAGGCCAUGGUCGCGAGGGUGAAGGAGGCGCUGGCAAGGCUGGAGGCGGAGGGGAAGCUGGCCGGGACUCACGACAGCGAGGAGCGGUAUUGA